CAAUUAACCAAAGAUAUUAACGCAACUAGAAAUCCGAUUAAGUAUAACGUGUUAUGCGACCACCACACGGCACAACCCUUACAGCCGAUUCCCACGCCAUUCGUUCGCGUGCAGCGAUAAUGGUGCACUACAAUCGUACGAAUAUAAAUCUAGGCCGACGGUACACAGUAAUCGGGAGCAGAUAAACUCCAAAUGCAGUUAGCUCCACGCGCGAACAACGCACAGUUGGUUACAUUAUCAGUGAGACAAUCGAACGAAUAUGCGGCUGUUUCGUCGCUAAUCGCUUAUAACACAGACAGGCGGGCAGUAAAACGUCGACCGCCGACCCUAGCGUGUUCAGUGUUCCGUUCCCCUAUUUACGGUCUAUAUCUUCAUAGCAAUGCUAGAAGUGAGGGACAUUUUGGUUGCCCUGAUCAUACUGUGCUUAUCCUAUUUCGGUUGGCGAAGACACAAUUUCUGGAACUAUGCGCACGUUCCGUAUAUCCUGGAGAUCCCGGUGAUCGGUAACUUCAGUAGUAUAUUCCUUCAACGGCACUCGAGUUUCGAUUACAUGGAUCACAUAUAUAACCAUCCGAGUACGCGGAACAGUGAUUUCUUCGGUGUGAACAUAUUCACCCGCGCGGCUCUUGUGAUCCGAAGUCCGGAGCUUAUCAAACGGAUGCUCUGCACCGAUGCGAGUUAUUUUAUCAAUCGGCAAAUGUGCGCCGAUCGGUUCCACGAUACGAUUGGAUACUACAAUCUAAUGAUGAUCAAAGAACCAUUGUGGAAGCCGCUCCGUAGUCUGUUGACCCCAUCGUUGACUAGUGCCAAGCUGAAGAAACUGCGAGUGCUAAUCGAGCAGGUCGGCGUGGAUAUGGUUGCAUCCCUCGACGCACUACCUGAAGUUCGGCCUGGUGUACGGGAGACGGAGUUUAAGGAAUUGAGUGCCCGAUACACUACGGACGUCAUUGCUAGUACGUUCUUCGGUAUCCGGUCCAACUGCCUGCAGGAUACCGAGUCCGAGUUUCGCCAUUACGGACGCAAAAUUUUCGAAUAUGGUCCAGGACGGGGUAUGACAAUGGCAUCGUUCUUCUUCAUGCCCGAACUGGUACCGUAUCUUCGGUUGAAGCUCUUUCCGCGUGACACCGAGUUGUUCCUCAAGACGAUCAUCGAGCAGGAGAUUGCGAGACGGGAAAAGAGUGGCGAAAGUCGUGGCGAUUUUAUCGAUUCCAUGAUCACACUCAAGAACAACAAUGCCACUUUGGGAGUCGAGAAGAAGAUACCACUCAAAGGGGACGUACUGGUAGCGCAAGCGGCAACCUUCUACAUGGCCAGUUUCGAGACGACCUCCUCGGUGCUUUCGUUUGCACUUUACGAGUUGACCAGAAAUCCCGACGUUCAAAGAAAACUGCGAGAUGAGGUGCGCACUCUUGUGCAGAAAUAUGGUCAAGAUAUUCCCUACGAAGCGCUUAACAAUGAAAUGCCGUACCUCGGUACGGUAAUUUCUGAAACUGCGCGACUUUACCCGGUCCUGCCUUUCUUGGAACGUCAAUGCUCAGUACCGGACGGUGCAACAGGAUACAAACUGGAGCCACUUCACGACUUUGUGAUUCCUGACAAGAUGCCAAUAUUAAUACCGAUCUAUGCCAUCCAUCGUGAUCCUAAGUAUUUUCCGAAUCCUCACCAGUUCGAUCCUGAUCGGUUUUCCAAGGAAAAUCUCGACCAAAUACAGCCUUGCACAUACAUGCCCUUCGGUGUAGGGCCACGCACGUGCCUAGGAUCUCAUUUCGGUACCCUGCAGAUUAAGAUAGCGUUGGUGAAGCUGCUGUCCAAAUACCGCAUCGAACGAUCGGCUUCGACUCCAGAGAAGCUAACAUAUCGAAAGAAUGCGUUCACUCUGCAGUCGAACGAAGGUCUCUACGCCGACCUAGUGGAAGAUAUUUUGUACUGACUCCUUCCUCCCUCCUCGAAAUAGUUUUAUUCUUUCGCAAAAACCAA